ACAUAAUCAAAUUUUCAGUUUCACUGAUUAAUUAAUUUCUGAUAUAUAUAUUUAUAGACAUAUCAAUGUUGAGGAGGCAAAGACCUGGUGGUGGUGGUGGUGGCCGUCACCCACCACCGUUGGCUCCCACGGUGAGUAACUUCAAGCCAAGAGCUCAGUGGAGCACCUUAGAAUCUUCCAUGUUCCUCAACAUCAAUCUUCCUGGGUUUUACAUGGACCAGAUAAAAAUCACGAAAGAUGAGAGGACACGGACUAUCAACAUUGAAGGCCAGCGACCGCUCUCUACUCAGACAAAAGCUCGUUUUAAAGAAGUUUACCGUGUCCCUGAGUCAUGUGAUAUGACGAAACUGAGCACCUCCUUCUCACAUGGGCUAUUGACUAUCGAGUUUCCGGUGGUCGUGGAAAGUGAGAAAGCGGGAAAGGUGGCCAAUGAUAAGGGAAACAGAGGGACUGGUCCUGACGGGAGUAGCGUGAGAAGAAGUAGACUUUCGGACAAGGAGAAUCAAGUGGGAACAAGUCAAGAAAAAGCUGGUCCCACGGCGAGAAAAGAAGAACCAAAAACGUAUAAAUCAGUGCUUGAGGGUAAGAGAGAGGUGCCAGCUGCAAAUCGAGUGAAGACUGAACAGAAAGUGAAAGAGGGAGAAUCUAGCCCUAGCUUGGGACAUAAGGAACAUGCGAAACAAGAGAAGGUGGUUGAGAAAAAGGAGUUUUCUCAAAUGGGUCAACAAAAGACUGUACAGAAGCUGAAGGACGAAGAGGCUAGAGGUAGACCGACCGGUGGUGGUAGCUUGAAAGCCAAGGUACCUGCACAUGAAGAGAAAGUGACUGAGAGAAACAAAGAUGGUGAUUAUGGAAAGAAAAAGACUGAGCAGAAGGUGAAAGAGGAAGGAGAUACUAAAACGCCAACAAAUGGUGGUAGUUUGGGACACAAGGUACUUCCUAAAGCAGAAAAGGUAGUUGAGAGAAAGGGUCAUGGUGAAACAGGUCAGAAGCUGAAAGAGGAAGGAAAGACUGGCUUGGGACAGAAGAAAGAGGAGAAACACACAAAACCAGCUGUUGGUGAUGAGGCAAAAACAACAGAAAAGGAAAUUUCUGCGUUGAACCAGGCAAAGCCUGAGCUUAAAACGAAAGAAGAAAGAGCACGGAAUGUUAAUGGAAACAUGAUAACCAAGAAUGAUGAGAAGAUGGUUGGAGACAAGGUAAGUAGAGGAGAGAUUCAAGAGGGAGGGGGAGAAAAGAAGGUAGAAGAAACCGGUUUAGUCAAAGAAACAAGAGAUCUGAAAGAUAAUCCUCAAGUCUUGGAACCAACAAGGGUAGAUUCAGGUAGUCCUGUGAAUAGAGAAUCAACCACAGGAGGUGAAGAUAGAGAGAAGAUGGUUGAAAAGAGCUCUGGAUCAGAAACAGUACCAUUACUAGCCGAAGGACAGAAGGAGACCAAAGUGGAUCCUCCUGCCGCAGAAGGAAGCGGACUGGAGAGAGAAGAGAGUCACAAAGAUGGCGUAUCUUUGGUCAAUGUUGGAGUGGCUUCUCUUGUGAUUAUGGUGUUUGGUGCGUACGUCUUCGUACCACUUGUAAAAAUGUUCUACUGAUCCGGUUUAAAACAGAACAAAAGUAGGUGGCACAUACGGUUUGCCUUUAGAUUUUAUGUUACAAAGAAUAAUGGGGUAUUACAGAAUAGUAAUUUGUUUCAACUAUCCAAGUAGCAUCUUUUGUUUGCAUAAUCUUAUGAAUAAACCAAAAAAGGUGUAA